AUGUGCGGACAACAUCAGCGACAGUCUUCCCUGCUUGAAUAUUCCCAUGUUGAACAUUUUUUCCCUGUUCACGUCGCGCAUUUUGGUCUAACAAUGAAAAACAACGCACUCACUCAGUAUAAUGAUUGGGGCACCGGUGUGCAUGGCGAGGACGAUAUCGCUAUGGGCGCCAAAAAUAGGAGAGCGGACGACCGAUGUGCGGAUGCUUUGGAUAUUCAAUAA